AUGAUUGCAUCAAAUGCAGUGGAUCAGCACGAGACGGAAGAGUAUUUUCGCAAGACAUUGGCACCUCAAUGGUCCAAUGAGUGUCGUAAACAAGUAGAGACAUUCUUGAAUCAUAAUCUUACUGUGAAUAAGUGUGUAGCAGUCGUGACAUCUGGUGGUACUACCGUUCCGCUUGAGCGCAAUACCGUGCGCUUCCUGGAUAAUUUCUCUACUGGUUCAAGAGGUGCUGCUUCUGUCGAGUACUUAUUGGGUCUUGGAUAUGCUGUCAUUUACAUAUAUCGACCUGGAUCCAUUGCACCUUUUGCUCGACACUUACAAAGAGCGACGUGCUCAUCGCUGGAUGUGAAGUUUCUGCAGCAUGUGAACGUGUCGACUAGUAUUGACACCAUACAAGAGCAACAGAUUCAUCUAUUGAUAGAAGAUACUACAGCAAAGAAGAAUGUGGUGGACGCUGUCAAUGAAUUUCGGAAGGUAUCUGCAAGUCAUACGCUGUUGACACUUCCAUUCACGUCUGUAGACGACUACUUUUUCAUAUUACGGAUGGUGGCAAUGUGUGUAGCGCCUUGGAAAGAGCGUGCGUUGUUUCUCUUGGCAGCAGCAGUCAGUGACUUUUACAUACCACAAUCUGAUUUGUCGGAACACAAGAUCCAGUCGCGAGAAGGUUCGCUUCAGUUGACACUACAGCAAGUACCCAAAAUGCUGGGCGUAUUGCGUCACAAAUGGGCACCGCAAUCAUUUGUAGUGUCAUUUAAACUCGAAACAGACUGGGAUGUUCUCCGUAAAAAGGCAAAGCAGGCAAUAUCAAAGUACGCGAUGCAUCUGGUGAUUGCUAACGAGCUACACUCUCGAUUCGAUGAGGUGCUUCUGAUUACGGACACAGAUGAGCGUUCCAUCACGCGACAAGAGGAAGACGCUGAUAUUGAGAAGGCAUUAAUGGAGGCAGUGGCACGUGUGCACUAUCAGCACAUUGGAUGUCACGAUGUCUCAGUUCCCGAUGAGAUUGGUCACCACGUCUUGCGUCGUUACUCUUUUGGUGCGUGGAAGAAACAGCUGCCAACGUCGGUGCAGAGCUUUUUGUUGGUGAUUGAAGAGCACAAGGAGGAGAUUUUAGGUGUUCUUAUAGGCGGUUUGCUGUCUGCAAUGCUCACUACGCUACAGAAUCGAGUUCGCUAG